AUGGCCUUGCUCAAGGGCAAUUGCACAGUGGCUGUUAAAGUUCUGUUUUUUGUGUUUUAAAGGGAGCAGCCCAUCUUCAGUGCCAGAGCUCAUGUCUUCCAGAUUGAUCCAGCCACCAAACGCAACUGGCUGCCAGCCAGCAAACACGCCGUCACAGUCUCCUUCUUCUAUGAUGCCAGCCGCACCGUGUACCGCAUCAUCAGUGUGGGCGGGACUAAGGCCAUCAUCAACAGCACCAUCACCCCCAACAUGACCUUCACCAAAACCUCCCAGAAGUUUGGCCAGUGGGCCGACAGCCGGGCCAACACCGUCUAUGGCCUGGGCUUUUCCACAGAGCAGCAGCUGCAGCAGUUUGCAGAUCAGUUUAAGGAGGUAAAGGAGGCAGCCCGUCUGGCCAGAGAGAAAUCUCAGGAGAGGUUUGAGCUGGCCAACCCUGCGCUCAACAUUGCAGCUCCAGAGCUCUCCCAGGAAUUGUCAGAGGAGCGCCAUUCUCCACCGCUGCUCACAGUCAACGGUCCAGGCGAGGAAAAGCUGUUUCGCAGCAAGAGCGCCGAAGUGGAGCUGACGGUAGAAAAGGAGAGGGUCAAAAAGAUGUUGUCUGAAGGGUCCAUGUGUGAGAUAAACCUGGAGGCUGAACUCUUCACCCUGCAGGACAGUAACGCCAAGCUGGUGGCAGCUCUGCAAGAAGCCAACGGCAGCGUGGAGCAGUGGAAGAAACAGCUCGCUGAAUACCAGGAGGAGACCGAUCGCCUCAGAGACCAGGUGGCAGAGCUUGAGGCCCAGCUGGGGCAUCCUGCUGCCAGUCAGACUGUUAGAGAGGACCUCAGUCGGUCACUGGAGGAGCUAGAAGCUCAGCUGAGCGCCAAAGACCAGGAAAUUCUCAACUUACAGAGCAAGAAAACUGAUGUGGGUGAAAUAGAGAAGGAGAGAGAGGAGGCCAUGCAGAGACUUCAGGAUGUGGAAAGGCGAAACACUGAGUUGGAGGAUCGGGUUCAGAGUGCUGAAAAGACGCUGGCCUCCAGCCGGGAGGAGCAGGAGCAGGCGGAGGUUGAGGUCCGACGUAUCAUCAAUGUUCUGGACGUCAAAAUCUGUGACCUGAAUGACCUGAGACAGAGCCUGGCAAAGCUAAUCGACAAAUAGCCACAGCAGCAAUUUGGCUGCAUCUCCACAGUUAGCGCUGGUUCCACCCAUGUAGCCUUGAUUUUGUGUUUUACUGGUAUCAGCUAGGCAAAAAUCAAAGCAAUAUGGUGUAAAAUGUAAAAGCUACAUGGAUAAGUUGGUUUUUUAAGAUUAGUGCAGGUAAACAUGUAUCAGAAACCUCUUAAAGGUGCUAUGUGCAAAAUAAAGCAUGUCACAUUAAUAUUGCAACCUGGGUAUGAUGAUCAUAAAUAGCUGACAAUAUGGUUUAUGUGGCUACUACUUAUUUGUCCAGAUCAAAGUUCCUAGCAGCUGCAUGUCCGUCAGUCCCUCUAACCUGAAAGGAAUAAAUUAUAUUUACACCAGGCUAUUUUCACCAUCUACCAUCACUGAACAUUUUCAAAAUCAGUUUGCACUGGAAUAGUGCCCUUCUCCCCUUGUUUACCAUAGCAAUCCAGUGUAUUUAGUCAAAGGCUGACCCUGUGGUUUACAAUGUAAAAUGCUGAGUUAUGGCUGCUAUAAGCUGACAGUCUUCAGUGAUGGUCUCAAUUGUUUAGGGUAAUUAUACAGUCUCAAAAGGACUGGGAGGAUAAUAAAUAUUGAUAACAAAUAACAAACAAAGCACCUUUGAAUGAGGACUUGCACCAGCACUGAUUUUAAGCUUGAUAUUUUGCAAAAGUAGACAUUCCAACAAGUAUUGGGUAACAGGAUUUUCUACGUUAGUUAUUUUUGUGUGAUAUAUCUUUAAUAUAUCGUGGGCAAUCCACUUGUAUUAAUAUAUUGUCCCACUGAUUUGAGAGGCAAGAGUAGCAGUAAAACUAGGAAAGAAUAAAAAGAUAAUAGUGAAGGUAAUUAUUAAAGGCUAGUGGUGUUCUGUUUUCCUGCUUAGCUGGAGGUCUAAACCACUGAACAGUGCCUGGGAACAGACGGUAAAACUCCAGUCUUGGAACAACAGGACUCGCAUCAGGAUUUGAUAUAUACUAACCAUAAAUAUUUAUCAUAAUUCUGGACGUUUGGUUUAUAGAAACAACAAAGUGACUGUUCAUAAAUGUUUUUUCCCUGCAGUUUGGCAGAAGACUUUGACACAUAAUAAUCCUGAAUGAAUUAGGAUUUUAGUUAUACAUUCUCAUAAUGUUAUUAGAUCUCAGAAGAUACUGUCUGUAAGACAAAUCAAAUGUCUGCUUUUACACAAUAACAACCUUGAGGUCCUGAUGUUUUCAGUGUUCCUUAAACACUGUGGAGAUGCACCCAGUAGAGGAUGGGUCAGGGUAAAGACACAUGGAUGCAAUGACCCUGAAGGAAGUCAGCUCCAGUUCACCAUCAGCAGCCUGGACUGGCCUCAUACCAGCCAGAACAUCAACAAACUCAAGAGAUGCAACAACCUGCUCACAGUCUGUCCUCUGAGGACGUACGGCCAUUUAUGUUUUAUGAGUACUGCUCUUUCUCAACACUUAUUGUAUUGUUCAUGUUCAUCGAUGGGUUACUCUCAGCCAGGAUGGGAAAUCAAUGAUGGUUGCUGACCAAAUUGAAGCUGCGGCUGGUAGGUUUGUCCUCUCCACCAGGCUACUUUGACAGGUAGAUCGGCAUGUGAAGGAAAUGUCCUGAUGUGUCCCUGUGUCCAGAGACUGAUUUCCCACCCUGAUGUUGAGCAGAAUCUGAGAUUGCACUUGAUAGUGUUUGUGCCAAGUUUAAAUUUGUUUACAUUUGUCAGUGUUCACAAAAUGAUCCAGUUUUACUUUAUGUACUUUCUGUGUUGCUAAACACUACCUUAAUAGUAAACCCUAGAGAGAGGCUCAGUGGAGUCGCAGAGCAUAGAUAAAGAUAGACUAAGAGUACUGCAUGAGCUCUGCAGAAGCCCUGCCAAGGAAUGUGAAGCUGUGUAUGUGUGCACAAUAUUUAGCAGUGUGCAACCUCAGAUUGCUUGAAUUAAAAAGCACAACUGCAGUAGUUUUAGUUAAGUGGGUACUUAAUUGACUUGUCAGCUUUGUAUGUGAGAACUUCUGAUGCACAAUAGCUAUCAAUCUUUGCUUCUCACCCCCUAAUGAGUUAUUGAUUUCUUCAUAAGAUAGUAAUAUAGGUAGAAAUAAGGUGCAGUCUCUUGCAGCUGAUAGUGCAGUUAACUGCCAGGAUCAUAACAUGUCAAAAUGUGAUUUAAACAGGUCAUAAACUGUUCAUGUAAUAAACUACCAAAUAAUACAUUAACCUGCAGUUACUACUUUGAAAGAGUUUAACCAUUUUCAUUUUCACCAAUGGUGUAUUUAAAACCACAACUUACAUUAUAGUUUGAGUCAAAUUUUCAGUCUUAUUACCUCUACAGUUCAACAAUCACAACAAAUACCCGUAGUUGUUACUGCACUAUGUUGCUAUUAAUUACAUUAAGAGGUUUUGUUGUUCCCUCAAUCAGAUUGACCUAUCAUUUUGACAAGUUACUACAUUAUCUGGGAGUUCAUCAGCUGCUACAUGCAAGCAUCACUGAAUUAGCAAUAAAGUUUCUAGCAUAGAUGCCUGUUUAUAGUAAAUACAAGUACUUUGUAAUGAGAGCUCUGUAAAACCUGUUUUCAUCCAUUUUAACUUUUUUUUUUUUUCAUGGCUUCACCAGAUGAUGACAGAUGCUACCAACCUUUUAUUAAGCAUGAAGAAAAUGCAGGCCAUCAGCUCCUCACAGUUGAUGUCAAAAACACUUUGCUUCACAACAGCCUUAUUCCAGUGUAUCCUUAAUACACAUUAAUACAGUGUAAAUAUACAAGUAGUUCCUGUAUACACAGAUAGGGGGGGCAGGGAGACUGUCCUCCCACAGUAAGGGCAAACUUCUCCUUAAAUACACUGGAAUAAGGCCUUUUUAAAACAUAUGUUGCCAGGUAUAAGAGAGAAAGCAGUACCAAAGAUGCACCGCUGUCAUGCUGAAGCCACAUCAACUGGAAUAAACACAAACUCUGUAUGAUGCUGAAAUUCAUCUCGUCAAUUUUAACUGCUCUUUGCCCGAAACGUGACUUUUAAGUACGACUCAAAAUACCUCAGAUUCAUUGAUGUAUUGAACAGAGGAAUACUGUCACCCGGUAGCCACGAUUUUGUUUUAGAAUAACUGAACUGAGUAGAGCAGGUGUUUGUAUGGGAUUUGACAAAAUGAGAUGAGUUCUUAUAUUUGUAUAGAACUGUUUAACAUUAAAACUAAGUCAUGCAAAGUCACUGCUGUGGUCUUUGUGAUGAGGGUAAGAAA